AUGAGCUCCGUGUCUGAGCCGCUGGUGAGGGGGGGCAGCGGCAGGACGGCCCCAAAGAGACACAAGAGCGUCCGGAAGAACUCUCGGCGUCUCUACUCCUCCUAUCAGAACAACCAGGGCUCAUCAGACGAUGAAGACAAAGAAGACGAGCGCGUGGAGAGCGACGACCCCGAGGAGAUGUUCCAGAACAUUCAGCACCAGAAGGAAAUCAUCGCCAACAUCAGGACCCGGCCCUGGCCCAUGAGGCGCAAACUCAAAGUGCUCAAACAGGCCAGAGAGAUAGUGCUGAAGUAUGAAGGCCGACUGACCAGGACCAGAGGAUACCAGACCGCAGGAGCUGAUCUUUUGAAGAAACUUUCCCGACUCCUGUAUAACAUCGUAGUCCUCUUCAUCCCCUGGGAAGUCAGGAUCAAGAAAAUAGAAAGUCACUUUGGGUCCGGUGUGGCCUCUUACUUCAUCUUCCUCCGAUGGCUUUUCGGUAUCAACAUCGUCUUGACCAUCAUGACGGGAGCCUUCAUUGUGUUGCCAGAGGGAUACCUCCAGUACUCCGUUCUGUUUUAUGGAUACUACGGCAGUGUUCGAAAGAUCGGCAGCGCAGGAUACCGACUGCCUCUGGCCUACUUCCUGGUUGGGAUGGCAGUCUUUGCUUACAGCUUCAUCAUUUUGCUCAGGAAAAUGGCCAAAAACUCUCGCCUGAGUUUGGCAAGUGCAUCAGAUGAGAACUUCACCUUCUGCUGGAGAGUGUUUUGUGCCUGGGAUUACCUGAUCGGGAACCCAGAGGCAGCAGAGAGCAAAGGAGCAGCCAUCGUCAACAACAUCAGGGAGGCCAUCUGUGAAGAACAGGAGAAGAAGAAAGACACCAGCCUUGCUGUUCUGAUCAGCCUGCGGAUCUUAGCCAACAUCUUGGUGCUGCUUUCUCUGGCCGGCAGCAUCUACAUCAUCUACUUUGUGGUGGAUCGUUCUCAGAAACUGGAGCAGGAGAAGCCCGAGCUCACGUUGUGGGAGAAGAACGAGGUGAGUGUGGUCGUGUCCCUCAUCACCAUGAUCGCUCCGUCUGCGUUUGAGUUGGUCUCUCAACUGGAGAUGUACCACCCGAGAACCUCACUGCGUUUUCAGCUCGCCAGGGUUCUUGUUUUGUAUCUUGGAAAUCUCUACAGUCUCAUCAUCGCUCUGUUGGACAAGGUCAACAUCAUGAGCUCAGCGAUUUCUGUGUCUUCCUCAAAUUGGACUGAACCAAGCUCCUUCCUGGCUACGAUCUCACAGCCUGAAGUCAUGUCCACCGCAGUGCCCCGGAAUAUUAGCACGUUAGCCACCGAUGCUACCAUGUUGGAUCCAGUCACCACCAUAAGAGGGAGUGUGGCGGUGUCUUUGUCCAACCAGACCAGUGUGUUUGAGAAGAACAAGCAGGACCAGUGCUGGGAGACGUAUGUGGGACAGGAGAUGCUGAAGUUGUCCAUCAUAGACAUGAUCUUCACUGUGGCCAGUAUUCUGCUCAUAGACUUUAUCAGAGGGCUGGUGGUCAGGUACCUGAGCGACUGCUGCUGCUGGGACCUCGAGAGCAAGUUUCCUGAAUACGGAGAAUUCAAAAUAGCUGAAAAUGUACUGCACCUCAUUUACAACCAAGGUAUGAUCUGGAUGGGAGCGUUCUUCUCCCCGUGUCUUCCUGCCUUUAACGUGAUGAAGCUGAUCGGUCUGAUGUAUUUGAGGAGCUGGGCCGUCCUCACAUGUAACGUUCCGCAUCAGCAGGUCUUCAGAGCGUCCAGAUCAAAUAACUUCUACCUGGCGAUGCUGCUGUUCAUGCUGUUCCUGUGUAUGCUGCCCACCAUCUUUGCCAUAGUCAGAUACAGACCUUCCCAGCACUGUGGCCCAUUCAGUGGUCAAGAGAAGAUCUACGACAUCAUCUCCGAAACUGUAGAGAAAGAUUUUCCUUUGUGGUUCGGUAAAGUCAUGAGCUAUGUCACCAGUCCGAUCGUGGUGCUGCCCGCUCUUCUGCUGCUGUUCAUGCUCAUAUACUACCUUCAGUCCAUCGCACGAUCGCUGAAAUUCACCAACAACCAGCUGAGAUUACAGCUUCAGACAGAGCGGACAGAUGACAAGAAGAAGGUUUUCCAGUUGGCAGCAGCCCGCCUGCAGGCCCCAGAGCCGCCAGCAGAGGUCAGCACUGAGCAGCAGGACAGUGACAACACCAGUCAUGAGGCGUCCAUCCAAACUCCAUCACCGCGGAGGAACGGAAGCGUCACCAACUUCCAGUCUCCUGUCUCCCGGGGCAACAGCAUCAGGACCAUCGCCCAGUCAGCCUCCCGGUCCGAGCUGAGCCGGGCCGGGACCUCCCGCAGUCCUUCUGUGGCCAUGCUGCCCAAGCAUCGGCUGGAGCACAGGCCGUGGCUCUCACAUAGUGGUCAUACUGGGCAUAGUGGUCACAGUGGUCAUACUGGUGCUAACAGCUCCUGCAGAUCCAAGUCCCACCACCCAGUGGUGUUCAGUCCUCGUUAUUCUGACCACAUGACCUCUGCACCUGUGCACAGAAAGACCAUCCACGCGCUGCAUCCUGUGGAGAGGAUCAUCACGGCCCCGAGCUUCAGCGGCCGCAGGGGCCACACGGCGCGUUACGUCAUCGUCAACGAACACGAGCCGCGCAAACACCUGUUGCGGUCGGCCACGCGCCUCCCUCGCCACUAUGUGAUGGAGGAGCCUGCGGAGAUCCUGGAGCUGUAUCCACGCAACUUCAAACGCUACACGGCCCGCGCCAUCCACCACCAGCCACACCUGCACCGCGCACACCUGUCCCAGCAGAACCUGAGUGAGGAAGAGGAGGAGGAAGACCAGGGGCCCAGCACCAGGAGGAAGAUGCCUUUAGGAAAAACUCUGAGGCCAAAGUCUCUGUCCGACCUGCACCAGCCUGCGCACUUCUACAUUGGGGACAGAGGGGAGAGCCACUGCUCCAGGGCUAAGGUCCCCUACGAGGCCCCAGAGGAGGAGGAGGAGGCUUGGGAGGAGUUACAGCGUAAAGCUCCUCAGGCCAAAGUCCGGGGCGCAGAACAGUCAGUGCGCUCCCGCAGGGGUGUGUCAUCCUCGGGGAGGUGCUCUCAUCAUGUGGAGGUCAAAGCAAAGUCCAGGCAGAAGCUGGAGGCGCCUCUGACCGAGUCCGACUCUGCGUCUGUGGCCUCCAGCAGCGACCAGCAGAACAGCAGCGUGGACCAGUACAUCCAGGUCAUCCACAACAAGGAGCGCUUUGUGAAAGCAGCCGCCCGCCACGGGAAGCUGCCCAAGAAGAAGUCCAAGACGACCUUCGAUCCCAACGUCACUGAGGUCAACGACCUGGUCUGCUCCAAUGUUUGA